UUAAGCCUCCAAUUACUUUGAACACCUGUUUUUGUUGUGUGGCGAUCGCCAUGGGCAGUACCAAUUCCCUUUCGAAAGCCACGGACUGGCGAGACGAGUGCCACAGUCUUCCAGAGCACCUUUGGUACAUGUACGAAAAGAAAAUUGGCACUGAUCUACAAGUUGCAGUCAUGAGUGAUCACAAGCAACAGGUUUUUGAAUGCCACAGAAUGAUCAUGAGGAGGUUGUCUUUUGUCUUCGAGCCUCAGACAGAUGGGGUGAUGUUAAUGUCUCUUGAUGUGGGUGACAUGGACCCUGAAAUUUUCCUCACCAUAAUUAAAUUUGCAUACACAGACAAGAUUGUCUUUAAAUCCUUCAACGAAACCAUCCCAAUUCACAAAGUGGCUUCGAAUUACCAAAUGAAUCAGUUGCGAAGAGAGUGUGAAAAUUUCAUGAAAAACAAUGUGGACAAGCAUAGUGUGUGGAGUCUCCUUAACUACUCCAAUAAAGGACUGGACCUGACCAUGUCGACAGAUUCGUUCCUGAUCAAACAAACAAGUUCCUGCUUGCAAUCACCAGAGUUUUUGUCCUGCAGCAGAGCAACUUUGGAAUUAUUGCUCAGCCAGCAAAAGAUCAACGCCACUGAACUGCAGCUCAUCCAAGCGGCUAUAAAAUGGACCCGGCACAAAAAUGGCAACAAACCCUUCGAGCCUGAAACAGCUCAGCAGCUUCUUGGGCCUUGCUUUGGCCUUUUGCGAUUUCUUUGUCUCACCCCUGCCAAUUUUUCUAUGUUCGUUGCUCAAAGUGGACUGAUGUCAAAAGAGGAUGCUCUUCUGGUGCUCAUCAAUUUGUCCGUCAAAGGCCAAGCCAAAUUGCCAAGUUACGUCUGCAAGAUUGACAAGCCAAGAAAAGCGCCCAAUAAGAAAAACAUUCAAGAAACAGAUUCAAAAGAAGAGGAGGAACCGAGAGACAAAUCAUUGGUACCGCAAAACUCUUAUUGCAAUAAUGAUGCACUGAAUGAUGGGAAAAACGAAACUAUCGCCUCAGAAGCAGAGUCAUCGCCAACUGUACAGCAAGUUGAGUGCAACUCUAACCAAAUUCCAGCAGUUGGGGCUGAACUGGCUGAAGCGGAACAAGAAGCUCCGAGCGCAAAUAAAAUAUUGGCAAGUGAAUGCGAGGUUUUCUUUGUCCGUCAAAUAGAGCUCGAGUUUUCUCAUUUGGCUCAAAUCUACGAGUCCCCUACCUCAGUUGACGUGGACUUGCAGGUGUCCAAGACAGCCACAUUGGUAGGAUUCAGAUUGGACACACAGGUCAAGAGGUCCGACACAAUCAAGACUAACACCUAUGAAGAAGCCAUCAACAUAUCGGUGCAUUGCUCAAAAAAACUGAUCUGCAAUCAGGUGUAUGCAGGAAUGGCCAAUUAUGGACCAAAUAAGUACUUUGAAAUUCGUUUUAAAAAUAAGGGAACACUGGAAGCAGGCGUCUGGUAUUUAGUCAAAGUGAGGUACAGCAAAGCUGGCUUUUAUAGGAAUAAUUUGAGGCAAAAUUUUGUCCAACAAGAUGACGUCAAAGUCAGGUUUAGCAAGGAUGACUACAGUGAGAGAGAUGCUUACCCUAUUGUAGCUGCUAUUUUAAGCUUCUGAUACAAAUGCUAUGGACAAAUUUAACAUUGACAAUUGCAGCUUAUUGGCAUUACAAGUAAUGUUUUUAAGAUUUGUGACAGAAAAUUUGAGGAAUAAAAGAAUAAUAAUAUUUG